GCGGGGCCGCGGCGACGUUCCCCAUGAGGAGGGUGGAAGAUGCCGACGUCGCCCGCGCUGCUGCUGCUGCUGAUCGUCGGCUUCGCCCACCUGAGCCUGCAGGUGCUGUCGUCACUGCGCAUGGCUGCGAUCCUGGACGAUCAGACGGUAUGUGGGCGCGGGGAGCGGCUGGCCCUGGCCCUGGCCCGGGAGCAGAUCAACAGCAUCAUCGAGGUGCCGGCUAAGGCCCGCGUGGAGGUCGAAAUCUUCGAACUGCAGCGCGACAGCCAGUACGAGACCACUGACACCAUGUGCCAGAUCCUGCCCAAAGGGGUGGUGUCGGUUCUGGGCCCAGCUUCGAGUCCAGCCUCAGCUGCCACCGUCAGCCACAUCUGUGGGGAGAAGGAGAUCCCCCACGUGAAGGUGGGCCCCGAGGAGACCCCCCGGCUCCAGUAUCUUCGCUUCGCCUCCGUCAGCCUCUACCCCAGCAACGAGGACCUGAGCCUGGCCCUGGCCCGGAUCCUGCAGUCCUUCAACUCGCCCUCGGCCAGCCUGCUCUGCGCCAAGGCCGAGUGUCUGCUGCGAUUGGAGGAGCUCGUGCACCAGUUCCUCAUCUCCAAGGAGACGCUGUCGAUCCGGAUGCUGGACGACGCCCACGACCCGACGCCGCUGCUCAAGGAGAUUCGGGACGACAAGAUCUCGACCAUCAUCGUCGACGCCAACGCCUCCCUCUCCUACCUCGUCCUCAAGAAGGCCUCGGAGCUGGGCAUGACCUCAGCCUUCUACAAAUACAUCUUGACCACCCUGGAUUUCCCCAGCCUGCGGCUGGACGACGUGGUGGACGAUCACUCCAAGGUCCUGGGCUUCUCCGUCCUCAACACCAGCCACCGCUUCUACCCGGAGUUCGUCCGCAGCCUCAACAUGUCCUGGCGGGAGACCUGCGAGCGCAGCCCCUUCCCCGGCCCCACGCUCUCGGCGGCGCUGCUCUUCGACGCGGUGCACGUGGUGGUGGCGGCCGUGCGAGAGCUGAACCGGAGCCAGGAGAUCGGGGUCCGGCCGCUGGCCUGCACCUCCGCCAGCAUCUGGCAGCACGGCACCAGCCUCAUGAAUUACCUGCGCAUGGUCGAGUACGAGGGGCUGACGGGUCACGUGGAGUUCAACAGCAAGGGGCAGCGAACCAACUACACCUUGCGUGUCCUGGAGAAGGCGCGGGACGGGCACCGCGAGAUCGGUGUGUGGUACUCGAACAGGACGCUGGCCAUGAACGCCACGACGCUGGCCAUGGGCGUCUCUGAGAGCCUGGCGAACAAGACCCUCAUUGUCACCACCAUCCUGGAGAACCCCUACGUGAUGCGCAGGGCCGGAGCCCAGGCCCCGGGGGGCGCCGGGGAGCAGUACGAGGGGUUCUGCGUCGACAUGCUGCACGAACUCGCCGGGAUACUCAAGUUCCGCUUCGAGCUGCGGCUGGUGGAGGACGGGCUGUACGGGGCGCCCGAGGCCAACGGCUCCUGGACCGGCAUGGUGGGCGAGCUCAUCAACCGGAAGGCCGACCUGGCAGUAGCUGCCUUCACCAUCACGGCGGAGCGGGAGAAAGUGAUCGACUUCUCCAAGCCCUUCAUGACGCUGGGGAUCAGCAUCCUCUACCGGGUGCACAUGGGCCGCAAGCCCGGUUACUUCUCCUUCCUGGACCCCUUCUCGCCGGCCGUGUGGCUCUUCAUGCUCCUGGCCUACGUGGCCGUCAGCUGCGUCCUCUUCCUGGCCGCCCGGCUGAGCCCCUACGAGUGGUACAACCCCCACCCCUGCCUGCGGGGCCCCCACAUCCUGGAGAACCAGUACAGCCUCGGCAACAGCCUCUGGUUCCCCAUCGGGGGCUUCAUGCAGCAGGGCUCCGAGGUGCUGCCCCGGGCCCUGUCCACGCGCUGCGUCAGCGGGGUCUGGUGGGCCUUCACGCUGAUCAUCAUCUCGUCCUACACGGCCAACCUGGCCGCCUUCCUGACGGUGCAGCGCAUGGAGGUGCCGGUCGAGUCCGCCGACGACCUGGCCGACCAGACCAACAUCGAGUACGGCACCAUCCAUGCCGGCUCCACCAUGACCUUCUUCCAGAACUCCCGGUACCAGACCUACCAGCGGAUGUGGAAUUACAUGCACUCCAAGCAGCCCAGCGUCUUCGUGAAGAGCACGGAGGAGGGAAUCGCCCGGGUGCUGAACUCCAGAUACGCCUUCCUGCUGGAGUCCACCAUGAACGAGUAUCACCGGCGCCGGAAUUGCAACCUCACCCAGAUCGGGGGGCUGCUGGACACCAAAGGCUACGGCAUCGGCCUGCCGCUGGGCUCCCCGUUCCGGGACGAGAUCACACUGGCCAUUCUGCAGCUGCAGGAGAACAACCGGCUGGAGAUCCUGAAGCGCAAGUGGUGGGAGGGGGGCAAGUGCCCCAAAGAGCAGGAUCAUCGGGCCAAAGGCCUGGGCAUGGAGAACAUCGGGGGCAUCUUUGUGGUUCUCAUCUGCGGACUCGUUGUCGCCAUUUUCGUGGCCGUCAUGGAGUUCGUCUGGGCCACGCGCCGCUCGGCAGAGACCGAGGAGCUGUCGGUGUGCCAGGAAAUGCUGCGGGAGCUGCGCCAGGCGGUGUCGUGCCGGAAGCCCACGCGGUCCCGGCGGCGCCGGCGGCCCCCCCCCCGGGCAGGCCUGGCCCUACGCGCCGUCCGCGAGAUGCGCCUCAGCAACGGGAAACUCUACGCGGGGCCCCUGGCCUCCGAGCCCGCCCCCCAGCGCCUCCUGGAGGAGCCCCCCCGGCCCUGCACCCACAUCCGCAUCUGCCACGAGUGCCGGCGCAUCCAGACUCUGCGGGGCGGGCCCCCCACCCCGCGCCGGGCCCGGCCCCCUGAGGAGGGCACCCCACGCCGGGGGGGGCCCCGGGACCUGACUGAGCAGGAAUGACCCCCGCAGCCUUCGCCCCUUAGACAUGUACGCUGUGCGUAUGCCAGGCCCCCCCCGGAGAGACCCCCGGCUGGGCAUCCCUGGGGGCGGGGGGCAGAGCCCUCAGUGCCAGCUGAGAUUGA